GCAGCUUAAGCAAGUUGAAUCAACAUCUCUAGAGCAGAAAACUUAUCUAAGUUACAACUUAAAACUAUAUUUUAACUGGAACUUUUCAAGCGCCGUAAGACUUUAAUCUACUCAGAAGUUUUUUUAUUAGAUUCGACGUGAAUUGCUUUUAAUCUUCAAAGCCUGAAGAAUUAAAAAAAAAAAUAAACCAAAGCUUAAAUCAAACAUUUAAGAAAACACCUCGUUAAAGAAUACUUUGACACUAUCCAAGACACCAGGCCGUGAAGUAUAACUUAGACAACAGCCUGUCAAAGAUAACUUAGACAGCAUCUUGUCAACAGUACCCAAGACACAAGUAACGAUAACUCUAGACACACAGCCUGUGGAAGAGAACUUAGACAGCAGCCAUUGGUAAGGGAGAUCACCAUGUCCAAGCUAGUGAAACUCAACACCUUAGGCUCCCGUCAGUCAGCCGGCUCUGCAAUCAGACAAUUCCAGACAGUCACUAAUAGAUCCCAGAGCCACAAGGAGGAGAGGACGACCCUGGUGGGGUACGAGGACUUCUCCCAGGCCGGGAGGAAGGACUACUCAUCCAGUACUGAGGACAGACCCCUGAGCGCUUCGGAGAGAAGAUUCGCUCACACGGCCUCUGCACCUCUGCCAAUGAACCUGCCCGCGACCUCUGUGACGUCAUGGAUGUCCGACCUAGUGGCCAACACCAGCCUGAAGCAGCUGUCCGAGAAAACCAUCCACCGCAGCAAGAGGAUGCUGCUGGACACGCUGGGGGUCGGGAUCCUGGGAUUCCAGACGGACAUCGCCCAGACGAUCGCCAAGACGUGCGUGGGGCUGGAGCACUCGGUGGUGACGUCAGGGAGGAACAGUCUGUCGGGGUCGGUGCUGUGGGGGUCAAAGAACACGAGGGCGUCACCUGCUACAGCUGCCUACGUCAAUGGCGUCAGCAUACACUCCAUGGACUUUGACGACACCUGGCAUCCUGCCACCCACCCAAGUGGACCCACCCUCCCCGCCAUCAUCGCAUUGGCCGAGUCCAUGACGGGUGACAUGCGUCCGUCUUUAGAACAGGUCCUAGUCGCCUACAACGUAGGGAUCCAAGUUCAAGGUCUUCUGCUGAGGUCAUCGUCCUCGGCGAAAAGUAUUCCAUGCAGGUUCCACCCCCCUGCCGUUGUUGGCGUCAUGGGUAGCGCCGCCGCCUGUUCAAACCUUCUUGGGUUCGGUCCUGAGAAAAGCAGAAACGCCCUGGGCAUCGCGGCGUCGUUUGCUGGUGCCCCGAUGGCCAAUGCCGGAACAACAACAAAACCGUUGCAUGCUGGGAAAGCUGCCAGGUUUGGUCUGGAAGCGGCACUUCUGGCUGACCAAGGUAUUGAAGGCAACAGCAACAUCCUAGACAUGCCCUCAGGGUUUGGGGCUUUCUACGACGACUUUGAUCCGGAGAAUUUACUCGCAGAGAACUACGGCAACCCCGAGUUCCUGCUCCACACACAAGACAUCGCGCUCAAGAGAUUCCCCGCCCACCUCGGCAUGCACUGGACAAUUGAUGCCGCCUUGGCCGUCCGCGCCAACAUCACGGAUCAGCUCGAGUCGUUCAGUGCUCAGAACAUCAAGAGUGUUCUCAUCAGGGCUCCACACUCCAAAUACAUCAACCGCCCGCUCCCCUCCACCAUGCACGAGGCCCGCCACUCGUUCCAAUUUAACGCCUGCACGGCCCUGCUGGACGGUCACGUGACCCCACAGUCCUACCACAACAGCAACAGGUCACGUGAGCUGCUCGCGGAGCUGCUGAGGAAGACGCAGGUGGAGAGUCCUGAGGACAACAAGCCAUCUUUCAACGAGAUGUAUGUCGAGGUGCAGGUCAAGCUCCUGGACGGGUCUGAGAUCACAGGUCGCUGUGACACGCCUUACGGCCACUGGCGAAACCCGUUAAGCGACGCUGACGUCAUCAACAAAUUCAACGCCAACACCAGCACGAUGACGCACGGCAACAAGGAGCAGAUCAUCCGCACGGUCAGACACAUGGCGCCAACAGAGAAGGCUUCAGACUUGGCCAAGCUGCUCUACUCUUAUUAAUUCCUCCACGGGUUGUCGGGUUGUACAUAGGGUUGAUGCCGGGGUGUAAAUAUGAUUUGAACGGGUUGUACAUUAAAUAAUAUACAUGUUUUAUCACAAAUUUGUGUACAUAAGAUUUUCGCUUUAUACUCACAUUUGGUUUAUUUUUUAAUUUCGUUUUCUGUCGUUAAAUUGCGUGCUCGGUGCUUGCUUUAAAUGUGGCAUAAGACUACAGAUAUAUAUUUCAUUAUGUAAUGUAGUCUAUAACUACAACUUGCGCUAAAUUACAGACAUAUACUUCAUUAUAUAAGUAGGUUCUGUUAAACACAUAAGCUUUUGUUUGAAACAAUUUGUUCUGAUCUCAAGAAACUUUUCAUGGAGUAGCCUGUACAUUAUUUUAUUUUAAAAGCAUUUUUUAUGAUAAUUGUGUGAUAGAUAGAUACAUCAGCGAGGAGUGAGUUUGUGGGGAGAUACAUAAGUGUGGUAGCAUACCAUUGUGAUGUAUCUCCUAUUAGUUCAUGCGAUGCUCAGAUUCACAUUUUGUAUUAAUUUGUCCCCAUUAUCAACAAAUCAUUUUGUUUUAAAUUUUGCGUGUGACCAAACACAUUUUCUAUUUUUAUAAUCUUUUUCAGUUGUAAUAAUAUGUGCGUGAUUGCUGAUAUAAAAAUGUAUUUUUAUGUGAAUAAAACCAAAUCUAAAAUUUAUUAACCCAAAGAUUAAUUGUGUACUCGAUUAAAAUGAAUUAAUUUAUAUGAAUUGAUUUCAUUUGACGAGUCUCAGUGUGAUUAAAGCAUUAUUGUACUAUUUGUGUAAUUACAUGAUUGUUUAUUUGUGAAAUUGUGACAUAUAUUUCAAUAUUUCUUGAUACGUUAUAAAUAAACAAUUAUUAUUUUUAAAAAUAA